CAGGACAUCGACUACGAGGGCUUCCACAAAUUCCUGGACACCUUUCUGGAGGUGCGGACGCCCGAGGAGCUGUGCAGGCAUUUGUUUUUGUCGUUCGUCAAGAGGGCCCCGAAAGUGGAAGGUAAAGCCUUCAAGGAAAUGACUGUGCUUAGCUCGACCACGGCUUGCGCUCCAGUAACUUCGCAUAACAAAGGUUCAUCCGGAAACGUCAACUCAGUUGGCGAUUCCCAGAUCAGGCACACCGAAGAAAAACCGGUGACGUACGGAGAGAUGAUUGUAGAAAAAAUUCAUGGCAUUGGGGAAAAGUUACUGGGACAUCACAGAUCCGACAGUGACUGUUCUACAAGAGGAAAGACAGGGACAGUCCACCCCAUGCUGACAGUAACCCACACUUCGUAUUCGUGCCAUGAAGUCCUCGGAAAAAAGAGCACAGAUUCCUCCCCAUCCCACAGUCAGAUAUCGAGGAAUUCGUCCAAGAAGUCCAAUAAUUCGCUUUUAGUAAAUAACGGCAAACUUGAAGAAAUGAGACAUAUUGUCAGGAAAGCUAGUAUGUUAGAUGUCAACCAAGUGAAAGUAUCUCUGAAAGAUAUCGUUUGCUAUCUGUCGCUUCUGGAAGCAGGAAGACCUGAGGAUAAACUAGAGUUUAUGUUUCGCCUAUACGACACAAAUGGCGAUGGAGUGUUGGACACAAACGAAAUGGAUUGUAUUGUUAACCAAAUGAUGACUGUGGCUGAGUACCUCGGAUGGGAUGUCUCAGAACUGAAACCGAUCUUACAAGAUAUGAUGAUCGAGAUCGACUACGAUGCGGACGGAACUGUAUCUCUGGAAGAGUGGAAGAGAGGAGGAUUGACCACCAUACCAUUACUAGUAUUAUUAGGACUGGACUCUCAUGUCAAGGAGGACGGAAAUCACUUGUGGAGAUUGAAUCUUUAUGUUACCUUAGAUUCGAGUGUACUAAUGAACAACUUGAAGAAGAUUUGUAAAUAUACGGUACACGAAAGAUGUGUCGCUAGAGCUCCAGCCAGCUGUAUCGCAACCUACGUGAAGAGUAAAAAAUCUUCUCAAACUUUGCAGCACUUCUGGGUAGAAGGAAACUGUCACGGAAAGUGCGCCAGAUGUCGGAAACCUGUCAAAGCGGGCAUCACCGGUUUGCACUGCAGAUGGUGUCAAAUAACGUUGCAUAACAAAUGUGUGUCACAAGUUAAAGCUGAAUGCGGUCUAGGAGAACAUGCCGUCCAUAUAUUGCCUCCCGUUUCCAUUUGUCCUAUUGUGUUAGAUCGGCAGAGAUCCGUGCAGAAAAGAGGUUCGAAAUACGGACAUGAUAAUGGUUCCAUAUCAAAUUCAAAUAAACAACCAGCCAUGUCCUUCCAAAUAACGACAUCUCCGAAUGCAGUGCCUCUGCUGGUCUUCAUCAAUCCCAAGUCAGGUGGACGACAGGGUUCAAGAAUUUUGAGAAAAUUCCAGUACAUACUCAAUCCAAGACAAGUACAUAUCCUGGGAACUGGUAACGGUCCCAUGGCUGGGCUCAGCAUGUUCAAGGACGUCCCGAAUUUCAAGGUGGUCUGUUGCGGAGGUGACGGCACCGUUGGAUGGGUUCUGGAAACUAUGGAUAAAGUAGAACUAGAAUGCCAACCAGCGAUUGCUGUGAUUCCCCUGGGCACAGGAAAUGACUUAGCGAGGUGUUUGCGAUGGGGAGGAGGUUAUGAAGGCGAAUCGAUACACAAAAUCCUUCACAAAAUCGCCAGGGCAACCAGCGUAAUGGUCGACAGAUGGCAGAUCGAGCUGUACGACACCGCGGCACCAGAUCCCGAUCAGAAAAUCGACACUAGGAUUCCCUAUAAUAUCAUAAACAAUUAUUUCUCAAUAGGCGUCGAUGCUGCAAUUUGUGUAAAAUUUCAUCUUGAAAGAGAAAAGAACCCCGACAAAUUCAACAGCAGAAUGAAAAACAAGUUGUGGUACUUUGAAUACGCUACUUCCGAGCAGUUUUCAGCUUCCUGCAAGAAUCUGCACGAACAUAUUGAAAUCAGUUGUGAUGAUGUUGGGUUGGAUUUAGCCAACGGGCCACCGUUGCAAGGGAUUGCCCUCCUCAAUAUACCAUAUACCCACGGAGGAUCGAAUCUUUGGGGUGAACAUCUGUCGAACACCAAACGGAAAAGCAAACCCAAAAAACGGCAGAAAGACUUGAGCACCAGCAGUUUUAAUUCAGUGGAUCUCAGCGUGGCGGUGCAAGGUUAG